AUGCGCCUCGCCACAACUGCAGCCCGCGUGCUGAAGACUUCCCGGUCGGCUUACCUCACACGACCGUUCUCCGUCUCGGCGAGCACGACCUUCGACCCCUUGACACCAAACGUGGCCGUCACGGCGCUCGGACUGCCCACACACCCACAGCCUGCGCCGAUCCCAUCUAUCCCGCGCGCGCCGCCGUCCCCAGAGAUGCUGGCCAAGCUGCAUACCCUGUCCGCCCUGGACCCGCCACCGGCCGGCUCGAGCGCCGAGGCAGCGCUCAUCGACGACCUCGGCGAGCUGCUCGGCCUCAUGGACCUCGUCAAGACUGUCGAAUUGCCCCAAGACGACGUCGCCAGCCUCCUCACCGAGGGCGUUGGCGAGGUCGUGUUCGACGGCCGCGAGCACGCGCGGUCCAUCCGCGAGGGCGAGGCCGGCCGCCAGUUCCUGCCGUACGCGACGCGACGCGUUGGUGACUACUACGGCUUCAAGACGGAGGGGAACAAGGAGGCCAAGUGA